GAAAGCAACAAGUUUCACCGACGCACAACAUGAUUUUAUAUGAUCUGCAAAUAGAAGCUGGCUCCGGCGAGGGUCCCGGGCCCCCGAGCAACAACAACACUGAGGGCGCGGUAGCCAGUCCCCCGCGAGACGACAAUCACAACAAUCAACUCGCCCCCCCGCGAGUAACGGCGCUUACUCCCUCAGAAAUCCUCAAGUUAUACAGCGAGCGGAUGUCGGAGUGGGAGCGGUCGGAGGUUCGCAGGUACCCUGAGGUUUGGUUCCUCGGAUUGGAAGCCAACAAGGUGCAGGCGCGGUCUAACCUUCCCAACAACUGCGGGUUUGAUGACGAGAACGGCAGCUAUAACAAACAAAUCCACGACCACAUAGCCUACCGGUACGAGAUCCUAGAAGUGAUCGGCAAAGGUUCCUUCGGCCAGGUGAUACGGGCCUUGGACCACCGCUCCGGAAACCAAGUGGCCAUCAAGAUCAUCAGGAACAAGAAGCGGUUCCAUCACCAGGCCCUGGUGGAAGUGAGGGUGCUAGACCACCUGAGGUUGAAGGACAAAGACCAAGCGCACAACGUCAUCCACAUGCUGGACUAUUUUUACUUUAGAAACCAUUUGUGUAUCAGUUUCGAGCUUAUGAGUAUCAACCUGUACGAGCUAAUCAAGAAGAACAAUUACCAGGGCUUCAGCCUCAGUCUCAUCAGAAGGUUUGCGAGCUCACUGCUGCGCUGUCUGAGGCUACUGGAGAGCGAGAACAUAAUACAUUGCGAUCUUAAACCAGAAAACAUCCUGCUCAAAGCUCGCGGCAGUUCUUCAAUCAAGGUCAUAGACUUCGGCAGCUCUUGUUACACGCACGCGAGGGUCUACACCUACAUCCAGUCGCGGUUCUACAGAAGCCCAGAGGUGAUACUGGGCCUGCAGUACGGCACACCGAUUGACAUGUGGAGUAUGGGAUGCAUCCUUGCGGAACUCCACACGGGUUACCCGCUGUUCCCGGGGGAGCACGAGUCGGAACAGCUCGCCUGCAUCAUGGAGCUGCUGGGGCCACCACCACCAGACCUGCUGCUGCACGCUACGAGGAAACGGCUGUUCUUUGACUCAAAAGGAUCACCACGCACGGUUACAAACUCCAAGGGUCGGAAACGAAGACCGGGUUCAAGGACUCUCUCGACAGCCGUCCGAAGCGAUGAUCCCGCCUUCCUGCAUUUUCUACAUCGAUGUUUAGAAUGGGACCCCAAACGACGCAUAACACCGACGGAGGCGACACGCCACGAAUUCGUUAUUGGUUGUGCACUGGGAUCAACGCCAUCAGGAGUGCUCGCGCUACCUCGACUCCCUGCUUCAAGGCCGACGAGAAGUGCGUUACUCCACUCCCAAUCUGCUGGAGACGUCGCCGCGAUGCUUGGCCGAGCGUGACCUAAGGACAGCUGAGUUCGGGUCGGUUCUAGUGGCCUUCUAUAGUCGUUCGUCUGAGUUUUGGUCACCCAUUAGUUCUUCCAUGACUUUAAGGCCAUUUAAAUAAUUGCAAAAUCCUGGCCAGAAUUUUCUAGACCAUUCCGAUGUUAUGAAACCUUGGUGUGAUUAAAUAAGCGGAUUUUCUGACAAUCUUACAUAAACUUUCCAACUAAGUUUGGAUUAGGCUGUAAGAUGUUUUUGGUCGAUAUUCCGACCGGGGUGACGCUCCUGUAUGCCAUUUAUUCUCUAUUGUAUAUCAGUAGUACGAAGUGAAAUUUGCAGUUGUAGUUGUAUUAAUACUGUCGUUUCUAAAUAUAGCUUGCAAUCAUUAUAAUUGCUUCUUAUGCAAUCUGUUGGCGAGAGGCGCUCGAUUUUGAAACAGCGCAGGACCAAAAUGCAUUUUUCAUGUCAUCACAGCUUCACCAUCCAUUUUUAUUUAAGAUACUCCGAAAACGGUCUGAGGAAGAUUAUCGUAGACCACUUUAACAUUUAUUACAUACAUUUGAAUUGAAAUAUUCGUGCGUUUAGUUUUGUCUAUUAUUGCUAAUGGAAUGGUAAAUCUGAUUGAAUUGACAGUGCAAAACAAAGAGUUAACUUAGUUCAGUAACUCGGACUGAAAUCAGAUCGUGUUGCUGCAUCUAUGUUUUUAGAAAUAGAUGAAAAAAUUUAAAUCAACGACGCUGCGUGUUACAUAAGGGCAUAUUGACUUCAAACAUGGAUUUGGCAUGUACUUGCGAUGUUGCGGGCACUUGAAACAUUGAGCAAUGCAUCUGCAGUUUUGCUUUCUCUUCCCACUGAUAUCAUCAGAUACCAUGUUCUAUGAGCUAUUAGAUAGGCCAUCAGUUCUGUCCUACUUAUUACCAUCGUGUUUCCAACAGUUAGGGUUACCAGACGCAAGAAGUUUUACUUCGAAACGUUCGAUAACUUUAACUUUCUUUAAAAUCAUUGUUGAUCGUUUGGAGCUCCGUAGGGUUGUUCUUGUGGUAACAAAAUCACUAAUAAAAAAAGGGCUGACGAAUCGACUGACGGAAAACUCACGGAAAAAUAGUUUUUGGUCAAACCACAGUUUGUUGAAAUUCAUUUUACGUGAGUUUUAUGACCACUAAGUCAGCAUAUUACUAUAAAGCUAUUCAAUAUAAACAUUAUCCUGUUUACAAUUUUUUAUUCAUAACAUUUAGCGGCUAGUAAACAACAACAUUAGCGAUUCACAAAAAGUAGAUAAAAUGAUACGCAACGAUUUAUAUUUGCCUAUUUAUAUAAAUAUAUUUUUCCCGACAUCCAGGAAAACAUAACGUAUCAGUGGCCAGAUUUUAAAUAUUUGUAUUGAUGUCCGAAAUUGGUCUUCGUUUUGGGUUUCUAAAUUGUGUAGAAAUUUCUAGAUUAAAAUUCUCACCAAUGUCCCGUUAGCUUACUUAGGAGAAGCUCUGGUAACCCUACCGACAGUAGGUAAUGUUGUAUAAUGUAACAGACCAGUUUUGAAAUUAUCGACCUAAAUUGUGGUUAUACCAGUGAAGUCCAAUUUUAUUGGAAUUACUGCUAAGUGCUAUUUUGUGAGUGGGGGAAAUCUUGUUUUAAUAUAAUAU